GCGAUACUUAUUUCUUAAGAACUUAUUGAACGGCAAAAUACCUGAUUUCGUACCAUCUCCAUAAUCUUCGACCAUCAUAAUACAAGUUGCUGAAGCCACCAUGCAACCUCCAUAUCCAUGCCCAACAGCCACUUGGCACAACGAUGUAUAUCCUGCUAUUGACGCUGCUCAGCCAGCCCUCAGUCAAGCAGGACGAACUGUCAUCCUCACAGGAGCGGGUAGCGGAAUUGGACGCGAGACAGCCUUGGCCUUUGCAAAAGCGGGAGCCAAGCAUUUAGUACUCAUUGGCCGCACUGAAUCGGAUCUACUUGAGACGCAGAAUCAAAUUCCUCAGAACACAGCCAGCAGCUCAGUAUUUGCUACAUCCGUUUCUGAUGAGGCAGGAAUAAAAAAGGUAGCUGAGGCGGUUGGCACGUGGGAUGUUCUCGUGAUGGGCGCCUCAAGCAAGGGUAUCAAGGGACCUAUUGUCUCUGUAGAUCUCGCCGAGUGGUGGGAAGCAUAUGAGACUGAUGUUAAAUCAAUUGUAAUAAUGGCCCAAGCUUUUUUCCCGAAUGCGAAUAAAGCUGGCGCAUAUGUGUACGGACUCACCUCAGGGAGUAUGGUGCUACCAGUUACAUGGAUUGCUGGGCAAUCGGCUUACCAGAGUUCCAAGAUGGCACAAGUGAAAAUAAUGGAGUUCUUAGCAUUGGAGAACCCUGACAUCUUCAUUUGUACCGUCCACCCUGGAUUGGUGGACACAAAGGUAUUUCGUGCGUCUGAGGUUGAUCCUGCUACACUACCGAUGGACACUGUCGCGUUGCCUGCGAAUUUCCUAGUCUGGCUUACUCAGCCGAAGACAAAAUUCCUGAAUGGACGGAUGAUCUGGGCUAACUGGGAUGUUGAUGAACUUUCUGCGCAAGCUGAGAAGAUUCAGAAUAGCACCAUCUUUACCCUUGGAUGUGAAGGAUGGCCUUUCGUGCCUGGAGGAUGAAUGUAACUAGAUGCGUAAUCAGCUGUCUAGCUAGUAUAUGUGUAGGGGGGAGGGGCUCGUGCUCGCCCCACUGGGCAUUUUUAUCCGAGGAAAAUGGCAUUUGCGCAUCUACGAGCUCGAUUUUUCGCAUACUGCCCUGUUCUCCCUCAUUUGGUUUUUGGCAUCCCCUACCGAGCAUACUUAUUCAUUAAGUCGCUAUGUGACAACUUUGAGGAUCUCUGGUUGCUAACUACUUGGUCUUUCUGGGAGCAUUGUAACAUACCGUCUCUCCAUCCAUCAAUUGAAGCAUUUCCCUGGUCCA